GUCGCCAAUGACUUUGACAGCGAUCUCCGCUGACACUCGCAAUGACAUUUCUGCUUCGAACUAUACGCCGCCUCCCUCGGGCAUUGGCCCGUUCACAUUUCCAACCCGCACGCCGUUAUCUCACCAGCUCCCGUCUCCUCUCAUCAUCCAACACGUCACCAGAUCCAUCGCCACUUCAAACUUUUAACAUCUUUGAAAGUCCCUCCCCGAGCACAAAGACCUUCAAAUCAGUCGGAAACACAUCCUUCACCGUCGGAGAUGUCCGGUUACAGGGGCCGGUCGUACUUAUCAACGAUACCGUCUUUAUGUGGGAUGUACCGCAGUUUGGUGCUGGGAGUGAACAGGUUGAAAUAUCCGAGACGAUCAUUGAUGGGGAGACAUUGAUUAGACGAGGUGCAGGUUCAGAGGGACAGGAGAUCGUGGAUGACCCUUCCUCACCCUUUCAUGGAUGGACCACCGAUCACUUCAAGCUAUUUGAAGUUACCCAACCAGUUCCUGAAUUAUUGGUCAUUGGCACAGGUGCCCAGACGUACAUCUUGCCACCUUUUCUGCGCUCAUACCUUCACAAAUUGGGGUUGCAGCUAGAAGUGAUGGCUUCGCGCCAAGCUGCUUCGACAUACAACAUUCUCCUCCAGGAGGGCCGUCGUCCUGCAGCUGCAUUUUUACCGGUGAUUCCGACAUCGUCUCGCACAGGAGAGAUACUGGUCAAAUUCAGUAAACCUGAAUUUGAGAAACAAAGGGAAAGGGAGGCGCGGGAGCACCACCGCGCAUGGGGACUACCAGGGAACCUCACAGGAAAUACUAGUUGAACGAUGUGAUAAUAUGUCUUCCAGCUUAGCCAUAUCACUGGUUGUCCAAUAAAUAGAACAGUGGACUUCAAAACUGCUGUGAAACAUAACGUAUUACAACAGUAUACAGGUCAUCCCA